UCGGUAUUGUAUAUUACGUUUUAAUACGUUACGCAGCGGCAAGUGCGAUUGUGUAUUGUGCUCAGCGACCAGUCCGAGCGAUGACUCGGCCGAUGCAUCAAGACGCUGCCGCCGCCGCUUUUUUACGGAGGACUAUGGCGCUGCUACUUUUGCUGUUGGUGUUCUCAUCCUUGUCGUCGUUUCCAUCGGUCAACGCCGAGUGCCCGGACAAAUGCACGUGCAUCGGUACGAAUGUCCGCUGCUCUUUCCAGCAGCUGGACCGGAUACCCGACCGCAUAUCUCCGGCUACCACCGAGCUGAACUUGAGUUAUAAUAAAAUCAGGGAUAUCGAACCGAAAUCAUUAACUCAUCUGACAGAGUUAAAGACUUUAAUGUUGAGCUACAAUAAUAUAAGUGAUGUGAAAAAUGGUGCAUUUGCAAACCUUUCGAAGCUUCGGAGAUUAUUAUUGUAUAAAAACAAUAUCGAAAACAUCGAGACUAGGGUUUUUAAUGACUUAACGAGUUUGGAAUCCUUAUUCUUGCAUCACAACAAAAUUCAUAAGCUCGAUUUCGAAAUGUUUAAGGGACUUACAAAACUGAAUAUACUGUUUUUACACACCAAUAUGAUAAGAAAAAUUCCACCUGGAAUAUUUGAUUCAUUAACGUCGUUGGGUCGUUUACGGCUUGACAACAACCCGUUGACGUGCGAUUGCGAUAUUCUGUGGUUUGUAAACGUGCUGAAUACAACUGACUUCUCGAUGGUGUCCCCGACGUGUAAUUUUCCCGACGAAAUAAACAAAAAAUAUCUGAUGGAAAUAACCGAAGACGAUUUUCAUUGCUCGUCUCCGGAUGUAACCGUGGUACCAGAGAACAAGACGGUGUCGGUCGGUGAACAGUUACAACUCUCGUGCAAAGCUGUAGGAGACCCGGAACCUUUUAUAACGUGGGCCAAAGACGACAAGGAUCUAGAACUUGACCAAAGAGUUCAGGUAUUUCAAAACAAUACAUUGAUUAUAUCUAAAGUGGAAAGAACAGACGGCGGUCAAUAUAAGUGCGUGGCGUCCAAUUCUCUUGGACGAAAAUCUUUCGAGGCGAUGGUUAACGUAAACGAUUUGGCGGAAAAUGGCUGUAACACCAUGUUUGGAGUAAUACCAUGUUUUUUUUUUAUUAUUAUUAUAUUAGCGAAUUGCGUAUUGUAUAAUGACAUAUUGUGAAAAAUGUAUAAUUAUUUUAUUUGUGACUUGUGUAUUGUAUAGGUACAAUAUAUUAUUAUUAUAUUAGUGACUUGCGUAUUGUGUGUAUACCAUAUUGUAAAAUAUAAAAUAAAGUAACCAGAACUGGCAGAACUACAAUAUA